CCCCAGCGGCAGCCUACAGCUUCCGAGACAUUGACACAGAACCCAGACCCCGCCGGCUAACCCAUGGCCCCCAUGGCGCCGAGGAAACGCGCCAGAUACUGCUGCGGCCUCUGCGGCCUCCCAAAGAAGGGCCAUGUCUGCCACUUCGCCGGCGGUUCGUCUUCGGCGCGGCUGGUGCAGGGCCGAGAAGAAGCGCCGCCGCCCAGGGACCCUCCUGCUGCUGGCGCCAAGAAGGAGGAGGUCACCAUCAUCACCGCCCUCCCCAACGACGUCCUAGGCACCAUCAUCUCCGCGCUCCCCAUCGACGAGGCCGCCCGCACAAAUGCCAUCUCCAAAGGCUGGAAACACGUCUGGCGCGACUACACCCCGCUCAACCUCGACGACCGCGACCUCCACAAAAUGGCCUGGACCGGAGACAACCUAGUCGACCUUAUCUCAGACAUCCUCGAGGCUCCACGCGAGGUACGCGCCCGUCGUCUUUCUCUCAGCACGCUAUGCCAGCACUCCGGUGAUCGAGACCGCUACCCCAUCUUCGACCGCUGGUUCCGAUCCAAGGUUCUGGAUCACCUCGAGGAUUUUCAUUUCAGCUACCAGCGGGUGAACAACACCGAACCACUACAGGAUGGCGAGUUGAUGCCGCCGCUGCCGCCAUCCGCGCUGAGCUUUUCCUCCCUCCGCGUCGCCAGCUUUGGUUGCUGCCAUUUCCCUGAGAAUAUCUUAGCCUUGGGCGGCAUCACUUUUCCAUAUCUCAUCGAGCUCACACUCUGCCGGAUAACAAACUCCGAAAACACACUGCACGCCAUGAUAGCCGCAUCUCCAAAUCUUGUCUACUUGUACCUUCACAGAAACUAUCACUUCCGUCGCGUCCACAUCAGCUCGCAAACUAUUGUAAGGUUCCGCAUGUUUGUUGACCCAGACAGUGAUGUGAUGGAAGAACUCCUCAUCGUCAACACUCCAAGCCUAGAGGAAGUGAUGCUCUGGGACCAAGGUGAUUGUGGUCCACGAAUCAUACGUGUCCUGGUUGCCCCAAAACUUCACAUCUUGGGUUGUCUGCACAGCGACAUGAUGUCCACCGUACAGCUUGGGAAGACAGUACUCCAGGCAAUGGUUGACAGCAGUCUAGUGUCAUCACUGCAUAAUGUAAAGGUCUUGAAGCUUGUUGUCCAUGGUCUUAGGUUAAAUCAUGUCAUUGACGUCCUCCAAUGCUUUCCCUGCUUACAACAGCUUCACAUAAAUGUGAGUUGGGUCGACCCUUUCUUUCUUUUUGCAAUCUUAGUUACGUUCUAUAUAUGUACUCUCUAUUUAUCCAUUCCUAUGUUGAGUAGGUCUACUCUAAAUUAUUCUCUUGCUUCGUUUUCAGACAUUGAUGAGCCAUGUUCCAAACAAGCAGAACGACAAUCCAGCUGCUACUACUGUUGAGUGUGUUGAUAGACAUUUAAAGCAAGUAGUAGUGAGAAAUUAUUCAGGCAAGAAACCAGAUUAUAACUUUGCCAAGUUUUUUGUUUUGAACGCAAGAGCGCUAGAGUCCAUGAAGCUCCAUGUCCCUUUUAGCUGGAACAACGAAUGGCGCUCUAGACAACGUAUCAAGAUGGAUUUUAAGAACAGAGCUUCUCCAAAUGCUUUGGUUUAUUUUGAGGGCACCAAGUGAGCACAUGAUCAACCGCGCAGACGAGGUGUCAAAUUGUGUACCCCCUUGGCACCUAAGUUAUGUUUUUUUUUCACAGUUAACUG